AUGUUGCAGGGAAAGGAUGGUGGAAAUGUGGAACGAGAUGGUAGCGUUGUCAAGGCAGAAAGCUCGAGGUCCAAACGAAAAUGGCAGACUGGGGUUGAAGCAGCGGGUACGGAUGUAUGUGAGAAGGAGACGCGCCUACAAUUAUCGGAGGAUAGCGGCAAUCUUGAUUUACCGAUCCGUGUGGAAGAGUUCUCAGAUCCCAACAGUCAUGUGUCAAAAAAGAGAAAAACGAUGUUCAACUCUGAGGAUCCGACCGAGCGUCCCAUUGCUCUCAAACGUCAUCCCACAUGGUUAGAGAACAAAGGAGAGACAUCUAAAGCAACAUCUGAGGGACACGAUAGUGGAUAUACGAACCAAGAUGAUAGGGUUCCUGUGGAAGAGGACAAAGGUAGGGAGGAUGAGGGGAAAGAUGGUGGAAAUAGGGAGCAACAUGAGAGGUUUAUUGAGGAUGAGGGCAAGGAAUUGAAGGGGUUUUAA